CUGCACCGCUAGUUUAUGCUGAACCGCCCAAGGCCCAACACGUCUUUGUCACGUGAUCCUAAUACAGAAUUGCGCACGCGGCUGUCGGUUAAUUCAGAUGAUGUCAGACCGGUUGGCGGUUAUUUGGAGACGGUGACCAUGGCAGAGGAUGCGGCUAUUUCAGAGGAGACCUUAACCAGUGGUCUGAGUCUGUUGGUCAGUUUGGGUAACAUUUUGCUCCAGAAUGCCGAGCAGGAAGCAGCAGCCUCUCUGGAGUCUUUUGUUCCUCAUAAGAUCACAACUUUAUUUGGUUUGAUCACAGCUGGGGAAGAUUUCUAUAGAAGCAGCAUUGGAGUAACGACAAAAGGUGAAGCCGAGGCCGUCUGGCAGAAAUCUCACCACCAACCAGCGGUCAGAGAGCAGGUAGAAGAGCUUCUGAAACUGGAGAAUGAGUGGGACUCAUUCCUGCUGAGCCUGGACAAAGGUUUGCAGAUGACUGAUGAGCAGCUGUCAGGAGCAAAGACAGUCGACAGUCUGAGUCCAGACUUUCUGUUCACUAAUGCGCGAUCAGGAGAGAGUGUGACUCUGGGUCAGUUCUUGGGUCAGGGUCAGAAGCUGCUGCUGGUUCUCGUUGGACAUUUGGGAUGGCUGCCGUGACGGGACCAUGUGGCCGAGCUGGAGGCCAAUCAGACCCUCUUGGAGGCUCGGUCAGUUCAGGUCAUGGUGGUUUCCUUCGGCAAUGUGGAGGGAGCUCAGCUGUGGCUGGAAGGGACUGGAUGUACCUUCAAAAUGCUGAUGGAUUCGCAAAGAAAGGUCUACAGGAGUUUGGGGCUUGGCUCAUCCUUCUCCAAGGUGUUGAAGUUUGGCUGUCUGAUGCAAUUUUCAGAGUACAGCAUUGCAAACAGAGACUUCCCUGAUGUCCCACAUCGCCUGUUGGAAGACAUUUAUCAGCUGGGCGGGGACUUUUUACUGGACGAAAUGGGAAAGGUGCUUUUCUCGCAUCCGUCUAAAGACCCUCUGGACAGACCAAGGUUGACAGAUGUCCUGCAGGCUGCUGAGGCCGACUCCACCGGCCCUGAAGAGAAACAUGAACAUCUUGAAGAAACGCUGCUUAGUAACUCAAAUAACUGAGUAUAAAUCAUAGGUGCAGAAGGCUCGGUCUAAUCUGGACAAAAGAAUGUGGGCUCAGCAGUUUACCAGGAGUGAUGCUCAGCACCAGGCUUUAUUAAAACAUUACUGGUACUUAACAGAGAGGCCGCCUCUUUAUUCCUUUUAAGGCCCGAGUACACACUGAUGGAGAUCUUGAAGGGGUUUGGUAUGUGCCGAUUCCCAAGAAAGUUCCUCCAUCUUACAGUUUUUACCAUUGUUUGGAAAUCCUGAGCCAAUAUUUAGAAUUGCCUGAAUAUAAUAAUCAGUUUAACUGGCGUACAGCCAUAUUUAUGCAGCUGCAUGAACAGCAAUGUUUGAAGCACUAACGCGGCACGAAGUGUUUACUGAAUUAUUUGCAUUUGACACAUACAGUACAUUUCAGUCCAUGGUAUUAUGUAUUUACAUAUUUAGAUGCUUACUUGUUUAUUUAAUGCUGAAAUAGUUCUACACUGAAUUGGACAACAGUGAAAAGUUUGCUGUGAAGACAGACUUUUAGUUUGCAUGUAGCCAUCAUGGGUUUGAAUUACGUUUUGUUUUUGGAUUUUUUUAUAAUUUAUUCAAAUUGUCUCUUUUCGGGGUAGAAUGAUCAUACAACAAACAACCUUAGUUCAUUUUAAAGCAGAAACUGGUUUCUCUGAGACACAAUUAUGCAUAUAGUAUCAAAUAUAAUAAUAAUAACACCUACACCUUACUAAUAUUUGGUGAAAUGUCUAUUAACAUAUGGCACUAUGACCACUCAAUUAGAAGGGUUAAUUUAAAUUAGAUGGUUUCUUUCAAGCAUAUUUUACAAUGUUGUAAUCAUGUUGAGGUUGAGACUUUGUGUCAGUCAUUCUAGAAGGUUAACAGGCCUGUUUCAAUGCUUGUUGGGGCUCCUAGUUCUGUUGGAACAGCCCACCAUGUCCAGGUUUCGACCAUCUGACCCAAACGGUCUAAGAACCCCUGAGAUUCAUGAAAAUGAUUAAGGAUGUUCAGGAACUAUUUAGGAACCGCCAAGGCUCAAGCCCUUCAUGAAUUGGAAACUGCUGGAGCACUAGUGUUGGCAUCCAGUUUUUUACACCACUGUGGACUGGGGGACAAACAACUAAGAAAGAAGGUGCUCCAAAAUCGAUUCCUCCAAGCUGGACUGAAAUUUGCAGCUGGUUGUGUAGACAAGCCAAAUGCCUUUUUGGAGUAAAUCUUUAUGAUGAGUGGAGACAAAGAUUGAGCUUUUUGAUCACGAUGACAAGAUAGAAUGAGUCAAUGGGAGGCUUUCAAACUGUUAAGCAUGGCAGUAGUAGCAUCAUGCAUUGGGGCCAAUCCACUGCCAGUGGUUCUGGUGCAUUGCACAAAGUGGACGAAAUAAUCAGGAAAGACUUGAAAUCAAAUCAUCACCAUCAGAACCUGUUUUGGAAUGAAUAAAGCAGGCUAAUUGGAUGUUUCUGAAAGUCUCAGCCCUGUUAAGAUUGUGUUGAUGGUGCUUAGAAGCUGGAUUUCUGCAAGGAAGCUUACUACGUUAAAUAAAGUCUACCAUUUCUUCUGGUGUUGCUGUCAAAUAUGCAACCAGUAUUAUGCCAGAAGCUUGCUGAUGAGGUUAAGCCUGUGUGCAUCCCUAACGUUUGCAGGAUCAAUUCAGCCUGGAUAAUUUCUUUUCAAAUGGAUCAUCAUAAGUCCAAAAUUAACAUGAAAUUCAUGCCAAAGAUGAGUGUAUGCAAACGUCUCUCCAGAGUUCUACUUUGGGAGUUUGUCACUUUAUGUAUGUAGACCAUGUUAUAUAGUAAAAUAAAUUAUGUGAAAAUUAUUAAAUAAAAAAAA